GACAAACAGAAAUAGAGAAUGAAGGAAGAGGAGAAAUAGAGAUAAAAGACGAGGGAAGAGAAAAAGUAGAUGGAGAAAAUGUGGAAGGAGGAGAAACAGAGGGAAAGGAUGAAAGAAGAGGAAAAACAGAGAUAGAAUAUGAAGGAAGAGGAAAAGGAAAGGGAAGUGAUGUAGGUAAAGGAGAAACAGAGAGCGAAGAUUGCGGGAGAAAAGAAAUUGAGGGAGAAGAUGAAGGGGGAGUAAAAAUGGAAGGUGAGGAUGAAGGUAUUGGAGAAACAGAGGGUGGAAGAGGAGACACUAAAGAAGAGAAUGGGUGGAUAGGAGAGAUGAUGGGAGAGAUGAAGGAUGAUGCAGAUGCAGCAGAGCUCCUCUUCCUCUCUGACAGCGCAGUGUGUCCUUCAUCAUCACAGCCUCUGAUUGUCACCUCAGAUCCUCCAGAGCAGCCUGCAGCUGCCAUGUUGCAGGGAGCCUGGGGUCAUGACCUCGGCAACAGAGAUGACCUUAGCGACGGUCACCUUAGCGACUGCCUCCAAGCCGAGCUUGCUAUCGUGUACUCGGACAGUGACGCUGGGGAGGACCAGUGGGCAGCCUUCGCACCGUAUGAUGUCAACAACCAGGAAGAAGCAGGUGGAGGAAUUCAUGAUGGCAUCUGUGAUGGAGAGAGCAAGGAAGAGGAGAGAGGGGGAGAGAAUGAGAAGAGAGGGGAGGGAGAGACAGAAGUAGAGUCUGAGGAGAGAGAGGAGGAAGUAGAGAAGGAGCAGGAGGAGAGGGGAGGCAGGGAUGAUGGUGAUGAUGGAGAGCAGAUGAGGUCGAGGAGAGAUCUUUUCCUGCGGUCUCCUUCUGUCAGCUCCACGGCCAGCUCCACAGACCCCGACAGGAGGCUUCCUGUAGAUUUCAGUGUCCACCAAGAUGCCCACAGUGAAAAUGUCUCCACCGAGCAUGUGGACUUCCUGUUGGCCCGUCAGCAGUGGAGGAAGAUGGAGGAGGAGGUCAAGGGUCAGCCAAUCCCUAAACCAGGGCUCAGAGCUCAGGGGAGCUUCCAGGGCACCCACACUUCACUGUACCCCCCCACCCGCAGCCCCCGACUCAAACACAGGGAGAUCCAUCCACCAGUGCCAAGGGAGCCCCCUCUGUCCUCCACCCUGUCCCCCAGUUCAGAGGACUCAGGCCUGGAUGAUUCAUCAUACCGCAGCCCCCUGGAGGAGCCGGAGACUGCUGUGGAGAGAGAGAUCCGACUGACUCUAGAGAGAGAGGAGCGACAUCGCAGGGAGAGGGGGAUGAUUGCACAGGGCCUGGCUAUACCCAGACCAUCCACUCUGCAAACAGGACGAUCCCCACCCAGACCUCCAGCCUGCCGCACCCCCACCUUAUCCAUCUCUCCAUCCCCUUCCUGCCCCUCUUCCCUUCCCCGAUCUGUCUACCAUGAAAUGACGGCCAAUAACGUCAUUAUCUUGGAGCCCGACUGCUCCAGCUCCGCCUCCAGGAGCCGCCUACUCUCCACUGCCAUCGGAGGCCUCUCCGAUUGGCCAACAAGUCUGGAUUCGACACCUUCCGCCAACGUCAUCGUGGUGGAAACUUCCAAUCUGAUCAUUCGCAGUGCUUCCGAGUUCUGCCUGAGCUCCGCCCCCGUGUCCAUGGAAACCCAGGAGAGCACUUUCUCGUCUAAUCCAUUUUUUAAGCUACGCUCCCUCAGCAGCCAGUCGCUGGUGGAGCAGGAGAUCCGCAUGGUAAGGCAGAGGGAGGAGGAGUGGAGGAGGCAGAGGGAGGAGAUGUGGAGAAGGAGGAGGGAGGAGGAGUGGAGGAGAGGAAGAGAGAGGUACGACACUGUGCUGGUGUCCCCGGGCCUGAGCGAUAACGUCAACGUUCCAGAGGUUUCAGACAGAUGUGUCUCCUCCCCAUCGUCCCCCUCCAGGACCCGCAAAAUGGAACGAUCCAGUUUGUCUUGUGAUCACAAGUUCCCCCCGUCCCUCUCCUCCGUGCCACGACGACAGAACACCAUGGCGCAGCGAUGGGAGGCCUCCCUGUUAGCCAAUCAGAAGAAGGAGUGAGCGACUGCGGCACUCAACUGUCAGCCAUUUAAAAGCCAAAAUGAAAUCUUACGCCUCAGUUUCUUCCUUCUGUUCAGACAAUUUAUACAGUCCUUUUCUGUCAGCAGCUAAUGUCUACUGCUAUGUUUGUCAGAACUCUGGGUUAGUGCCAGUGGGUCACGGAUCUGUUUCCUGUGGGAUGCCACAGGAGAAGAGGACUGUUUUCGUUCAUUGAGAUUGGUUUUAAAGAUUUAAAGAUUUACAUAGUUUGUGUUUCUGUGACGUUUUGACGGCUGGAAAAGUCGAAGUCAUGCUUUCAGAGUCAAACUGGUCUUUUGCAUGAAGUCUGAAACAGUACGACACAGUGGAACUGCCUGCCAUGUUACACUUUAAACAUUUCCCUUCUAUAUAUGAUAACCUUUGUGGAGGUAUAUUUCCAGGAGGUGUAUCACAGUAAUAAGUAGGAGUAUACAAUUGCAAUCAUAAUAACAGACAUCACUGUUUUUGACAGGUGGCCUAUAUUUUAUGUAAACUUUGGAAGCACAUGUCAAAAUCUGUGGUGUUCUCCUUUAAUAUUUAAUAUUUACAGCACUUUGAUUUAUAGAUGUUAAUUAUGGUCCUAGUACAACUGUUUAUUGAUAUAUAUAUAUUGAUUUUUAAUGACUGCAGUGCAGUGAUUUUCAAACUUUUUCUGGGCAGUCACAUUUUCAUUUCAGAUAUUCCUUUAAUAUAUUUUAAAGUGACUCACAGCAUACAGCAUUUUCGAAAUGUUGUAGCUAUGCAUAGCAGAGAUUUAAAAAUAUGCAAAAAUGAUUUAGCACGUUGCUGUUCGUGUGUUUUAAAUGUGCUAUCCCAGACUUUGAAAAUCACUGCCUUGGUGGAAUGUUAUAACAAGCCAUUGAUCAAGGGAGUUUGGAUGUUCCAGGUUUCCACGUCAGCCAUGUUGGCUAAACAGUGCUCUCUGCUAACUGAGUACUAUUUGGGUCACAGUCACACAGGAGGUCAGUUGUAACCCAGAUACAGUUCCAUAUCGGGGUACGGUGUUAUGAGCUCCUUAUAAACAACGUGAAAAGAAAAAAUACAGCUGCUACUUUUCUUUGCUCGUUCAACAGCAUGUGAUGAAGGUGUUGAACCUAAAAUCCGAAAACAAGUCAUUUCUUUGCACUCCAUCAUAUGAUUGUAAUUCCCAACAUAAAAAAUGCCAUGUAGAAGUAACCCUUUGUUAAGACAGUACUCAUUGGAUAAGGGCUCUGAUGUUACAUUAAAAUUUACUGGUGACAGAAAAAAAAAAAUCCAGUAUGGAUGCCAGAGAGAAGAACAGGAUGUGAGAGCAGUGUGUUCAGACUGAAUGCAAAGUGAACUCCAAAAGUGACACUCCACAGAGUUUGUGAGCAGGGUCAGUGUUUUUUCUUCAAUAAAAAAAAACAAAUCAGAACCCACAAAACAUAAAACCAUUACAUAUGCAAUAAAAGACACAUCAUGAGAAUACAAAGCUUUAUUUCUGCAUCAAAUAACCAAAGAUAAAAUGUUGGACAAAUAGGCCAUCAUAGCCCAGAAACCUGAAGAAAUGCACCUCUGGAGUACAACUACAAUGAUGUGAUUAAAGACUGCCAUGAAAUAUGAGUCACAAGAAAACUAGAUCCUGUUAUGAAUAUAAAAUAAACAUAAAAUGGCUUACUGUCUCUGUCGCACACAUGCGCAGACAAAUCGCUUUUCAAACUGAUCAGUUAAUGGCUGAGAAUUCAUCAACUUAACAAAAUCAGUCUCAGUACAAAUAGACUUUGCUAAAAUUGCUUUACCUUUAUGCAGAGGUCUUUCCUUAAAGUUGAAGAAUGUUCAUAACUUGCACAGUCACUGCCAGUCAGGUCAGCUGACUAACACAUGGGGUGAAUCUGAUCUCCCAUCCAUCCAUUCCUGCCCAGGCCAGAGUGCACAUCCAUAAUGCUGAGAAGAAGCAGUGUUUCUUUUAGCAUAAAAUGACAGCUUGUUUGGUAAUAUUGAUUUUACAGUACUAACAAAUAAUCAACAACAAAAAUUUAAUUUAAGCUAUUUUUUGCCCUCCUAGUGUAAUCACAAGUAGCCUAACUGGAUGGAGACCUAGCUAGCCAGUCAUUACAUUAGCUGUAAAGAGACUGUAAAACACUGCAGAUGUCAAAUGCAUAUUAAUAACUCAAAUUCAGUCUGAACACACCUUUAUAAUGAGCUGCCAUGUCACCAGGGCGGUUUGAUGGAUGUCAUUUUAGCUUUAGAAGUGUGAACAUGGUGCUUAGAGUCAAAUACAGACAAAUGUUGCAUUGGAUUGAUAGAUUGAUUGAUCUGUGGCUCUGAUGUUUUAGCCAAGCGACUUGAGCAUUUCUGAAAGAAUCAGAUUGUCUACUCCUGAAGUCUAAGUCAAGAUUUUUACAUAUUUUUAUGUCCCGUCUUGAUUCCUAAAAAGAGAGAUUUAUUGUAUUGUAUUUUUGCUGCAUAUAUUUAUGAAUUGAGCAACGCUUCUAACUCCUUAAAGCUUU